GUGGGAGAUGUUGUCCAACAGGGAUGACAGCUUAGCCACCAUUCUCCUGUCAUAAAAAGGAACUGCUGCAUCCAGUGUGGACAUAGAGUCACCAGGAGAACCCAGAGAUGAACAGAAGAGCGAGGAAGAGGAAGAGGAGUGGUGUUUGUAAAGAGGAGCAGCUGACCUGCUGUGCUUUGUGUCAGGACGUCCUGAAGGAUCCAGUCUCUACCAGCUGUGGACACUGGUUCUGCAGACAGUGCAUCUGCUCAUACUGGGACCAGUCUGCUUCAUCAGGAGACUCCUCCUGUCCCCAGUGUGGAGAAAGAUCCAGAACCAGAGCUGGACUGCAGACAGCCAGUCAGAGCAGCUGUGUACAAACAGAUGUUGGUCUGCAGGAGGUUUUAGAUGAACAUAAGAUCAGUCUGAGGAAGAGAUGUGAACAUGUGACUGAAGGAAGUGAUGAAACAGGAAGUAGAACCCUCCUCAACAGGAUCUACACUGAGCUCUACAUCACAGAAGGACAGAGUGAAGAGGUUCAUACCCAACAUGAGGUGAGGCAGCUGGAGACACUUUUGUUCAUCUUUGACGGCCUGGAUGAAAGCAGACUUUCAUUGGAUUUCACCAACAGGAAGCUGCUGUCUGAUGUCACACAGAAGUCAUCAGUCAGCCAGCUGCUGACAAACCUCAUCCAGGGGAAUCUGCUUCCCUCGGCUCUCGUCUGGAUAACUUCCCGACCUGCAGCAGCCAAUCAGAUCCCUCCUACAUGUGUUGACAGGCUAACAGAAGUACGAGGCUUCACUGACGCCCAGAAGGAGGAGUACUUCAGGAGGAGAUUCAGUGAUGAAGAGCUGUCCAGCAGAAUCAUCUCCCACAUGAAGACAUCCAGGAGCCUCCACAUCAUGCGUAGAAUCCCAGUCUUCUGCUGGAUCACUGCUACAGUUCUGGAGCACAUGUUGACUACAGAGCAGAGAGGAGAGCUGCCCAAGACCCUGACUGACAUGUACUCACACUUCCUGCUGGUUCAGACAAAGAGGAAGAAGAACAAGUACCAUGAGGGACAUGAGACGAGUCCACAGGAACUGACGGAGGCUGAUAGGGAAGUUCUUCUGAAGCUGGGGAGGCUGGCGUUUGAACAUCUGGAGAAAGGAAACGUCAUGUUCUACCAAGAAGACCUGGAGCAGUGUGGUCUGGAUGUGACAGAGGCCUCGGUGUACUCAGGAGUUUGUACAGAGAUCUUCAAAAGAGAGUGUGUGAUCUUCCAGAAACCAGUCUACUGCUUUGUUCAUCUGAGCAUUCAGGAGUUUCUGGCUGCACUCUACAUGUUCCACUGUUUCACCAACAGGAAGACUGAUGUGGUGGAGGACUUCCUGGGGAACGAUUAUAAUGAGUCAUCUCUGAAUGUUUUCCUGACCAGAGUCAUGGAGAAAUCCCUCCAGAGUAAAAAUGGCCACCUGGACCUGUUUGUUCGCUUCCUUCAUGGCCUCUGUCUGGAGUCCAACCAGAGACUCUUAGUAGGUCUGCUGGGUCAGACAGAGAUCAGUCCAGGAACCAUCCAGAGAGUCAUCAACAACCUGAAGGAGAUGAACAGUGAUGAAAUCUCUCCUGACAGAAGCAUCAACAUCUUCCACUGUCUGAUGGAGAUGAACGACCUCUCAGUACAUCAGGAGAUCCAAAAGUUCCUGAAGUCAGAGAACAGAUCAGAGGAACUCUCUGAGAUCCAGUGCUCAGCUCUGGCCUUCAUGCUGCAGAUGUCAGAGGAGGUUCUGGAUGAGGUGGACCUGCAGAAGUACAACACAUCAGAGCAGGGACGACUGAGACUGAUUCCAGCUGUGAGGAACUGCAGAAAGGCUCGACUGAUUAAUUGUGGACUCUCAGAGACUCACUGUGAAGUUGUGGCCUCAGCUCUGAAGUCCAACCCCUCCCAUCUGACAGAGCUGGACAUGAGUGGAAACAAGCUGCAGGAUUCAGGUGUGAAGCUUCUGUGUGCUGGACUGGAGAGUCCAAACUGUCGACUGGAGACUCUGAGGUGAGUUCACUGACUGCAGCUGUUGUCGU